AUGGACAACAGCAAAAAAGUUUCAGCCACAAACCCAUCGUCGGGAGAUGAGUUCAAAGAUGUGGUUAAGGGAUUGAUUAAGCUCUUGAUGCUGGUGAUUUUCCUUGGAGUCCUCUUCAUUUGGGUCGUUAUGCCAACAAUGGUCUAUCGAACCAAGUGGCUACCUGUCAUGCGCACCGAGUUUAGUACAUCGACUUAUUUUGGUGCAAUAGGCUUGACCUUCUUCAUGUUCAUGUUCCCUAUGGUCCUCCUGGCUUGUUUGGGAUGUCUCUACCUUCACUUGAAGAAACCAAAGACUACUAAUCAUCUCGUCAGAGAGAAGAUGACUGAGGGAGGGGUGUUAGCAGCCAUGAGAAGGCCGAUGCUGGUCAAAGGGCCACUGGGGAUAGUCUCAGCUACUGAACUAGUCUUGUUUGCAAUGUUUGUGGUUCUUCUUCUUUGGGAAUUUUUCAUGUACAUGCGCAAUGCGUUCCCUACCAUUACUCCUCAAUCAGCCGCUAAACAUCACCAAAAACUAUGGCAAGCGAGGUUGGAGGCAAUGGCAAUAAGGAUCGGGCUAGUCGGAAACUGUUGUCUAGCUUUCAUAUUCAUACCGGUGGUGCGUGGGUCAUCAUUGCUUCCGGUUAUAGGGCUGACGUCGGAGUCAAGCAUCAAGUACCAUAUAUGGCUCGGUCACUUGCUCAUGACCUUCUUAACCGCUCAUGGUCUCUGUUUCAUUGUCUAUUGGGCCUCAAUGCAUGAACUUUCUCAGAUGGUGAGCUGGGGCAAGACCGACAUGUCGUAUGUUGCCGGAGAGAUAGCUUUGCUGUCUGGACUUGUGAUGUGGGCUACUACAUAUCCAUCUAUUAGAAGGAGAUUCUUUGAACUUUUCUUCUAUAGUCACCACCUUUACAUCGUCUUCAUGCUCUUCUACGUCCUCCACGUAGGCGUCGCUUUCUGCUUUAUCAGCUUCCCCGGUUUCUAUAUCUUCAUGGUUGAUCGUUUCUUGAGGUUUCUUCAGUCACGCGACAAUAUUCGGUUGAGCUCUGCACGUGUUCUUCCUUCCGACGCCGUUGAGCUCACUUUCUUCAAAAACAAAGAAUUGGUUUAUAACCCGACGAGCAUAUUGUUUGUGAACAUACCGAGCAUUUCGAAGCUGCAAUGGCAUCCAUUUACGAUUACUUCUAGCAGUAACCUCGAAGCAGAUAAGCUAAGCAUUGUGAUUAAGAGCGAUGGGAAAUGGUCUACAAAGCUUUACCAGAUGCUUUCUUCUUCUGAUCACACCGAUCGUUCUCUUUCUGUUUCUGUCGAGGGACCCUAUGGACCUGUUUCAACAAAUUUCUUAAGGCACGACUCUUUGGUUAUGGUUAGCGGAGGCAGCGGAAUUACCCCAUUCAUAUCUAUCAUCCGUGACUUAAUCUCCAUGAGCCAAACAACGACAUGUGAACUUCCCAAAAUUACCCUGAUUUGCUCGUUCAAGAAGGCUUCUGAUAUCUCCAUGCUUGACCUCAUCCUCCCCACAUCUGGUCUCGAAUUAUCAUCAUCUGACCUGAAUAUCCAAAUUGAGGCCUUCAUCACCAAAGAGACAGAAGCAAGAAACGAAGAAAAACAGGAGAUCAGAACCAUCUGGUUCAAACCAAGUCCCUCGGACCAACCAAUCUCAGCAAUCCUAGGACCAAACUCAUGGCUUUGUCUUGCUGCCAUCCUGGCAUCUUCCACCAUAAUCUUCAUGAUAGUCAUCGGAGUCAUGACAAGAUACUACAUUUACCCGAUCGAUAAAAAUAAGAACCUGUACAAUGCCACAUCAAGAUCAAUCCUUUAUCUUUUGGUCCUCUGUGUUAGCAUCAUGAUGACGUCAAGUGCAGCUGUAUUGUGGAACAAGAAGAAGUACAAUGCUGAGAGCAGUAAACAGGUCCAAAACGUCGACAUACAAAGCCCAACAUUAUCUCCUAGCUCAUGGGCUAACAGAGAAAUUGAGAGCAGUCCUCAAGAGUCGCUUGUUCAGUGCACCAACCUCCAUUUCGGUGAAAGACCAGACCUCAAGAAGUUUCUACUAGAGACCAAAGGUGCAAGUGUGGGAGUGAUGGUGUGCGGUCCAAAGAAGAUGAGACAAGCAGUGGCCAAGAUUUGCUCAUCUGGUUUGGCUGAGAAUCUUCACUUUGAAUCCAUCAGUUUCAGCUGGUGA